CUCUUGUCGCCGCCCCAUGACUGACUUCAUCGCAGCGCAAGGCCCCCCCACCACCCACCGUCAUAGCCCAGGAGUGCCUGCCUGGCUUGCCUGGAUGCCCUCCAUCUCUGUCCCGUCCCGUCCUCUACGCUCCCCCCAGCCUGGAGGGCGGCAUGGCGGCUGUAAUGGGUAGUAAGGUAGGUCAGCCCAGGUUGGUUUCUAAGCACCCGCCACGAGCUGGGAGAACCGCCCGCCUGCCCUGCAUGUACCUGUAUGCACGUACGUAGGCCCCCCCAAGGCAGGUUAAUAAUUCAGGUCAAAGGUGCUGUGCGGUGCCAAUGUUCGCGCCCGCACGCCGCAACCAAGUUCGUUCCCAUGGAAUAUCGCUGAGCCACCCGUCACCACCUGCCUGCCCGCCCAGCCGUCUUGCGUCACCAAAAAUCCUCGCCCAGCUACGUAGGCGCUACUACUACUCCUCUCUCGCCCUCCCCCAAAACCACCUGUCGUCCGCAUCACCAGAAACUCGUCCACUUUUGCUCUUCGCCCACCAUCAGCUUCCCGCAUCCCCCGCCGCCAUCUCAAAUUAUCCCGUUUGUCUGCAGACAGUGCAGAGACAAAGAUUGGCCCGCCCGCCCGUCCUUCAGUUGCGACAUUGUGCGUCGACCGAGCCUGCCGCCCGCUGCGUACCACCCAUUAAACCCCGCAUCCUGCCCUCCUCGCUCUCCGACCGGCCCUCCGUCAUUCUAUCCCACCCCUCCUGGCCUGCCUGCCUGCCUGUCUGCCUGCCUCUUUUUUUUUUCUACACGGUCCGUCCGCCUGCAUCGUGCAAUUUUUCCGCGACGGUGCGUUUCGGCUAGACGACGGACACGACUGCUCAACUCGACUCGACUCGACUCGACUCGACUCGACUCGGCUCGGCUCGACUCCCGUCUCGAUUUCCUUACUCCGUGCACCGGCACGCACGAACCACGCCGGCUGCGCUUUUCGACCGUGCUGCGACACCGACUCCAAUUCCGGCCGGCCACUUUCCGCCCUCGACAUUUCUCCCCUUCUCUCCCCCGCCGUCUUCCAAGAGGAGCAGAGCAGUCGCGCCGCCGCCGCCGACCCAGCCGCCCGCCAUGUCGACCAUACAGCAGCUCAAGAACUUUAUUCGCCAUGGUAAACAAGCCCGCGUCGCCAACAUCAACGAGGAACCCCCGCGCAAAGAGGACGCCCCGCAAGCACCGCAUCCCGUCCAGGACAGGAACAUGCACGCCUCGGAGCCCGCAUACGGCCAUGCGCAGCAGCCGCAGGAGCCGCUCGACGCUUACUCGCAAGGCCCCGGCGAUGCCCACAACCGCGCCGUGCAGGCCGGCUUCGCCGCCGCCCACCACGUCGAGCACGCUCAACCCGCCGCUGCCGCCGCCAAUGCGACCAAGACGAAGCGCGUCGAUGAGGCCGAGCUGAAGCAGCUCGUCGCCGAAGAAAAUGCAAGCAGAGCAAAGUUCCCUCGGUAUCCUGGCCUCGAGCGCUGGGAGCUGAUCGAGAAGAUGGGCGACGGCGCCUUCAGCAACGUCUACCGAGCCCGCGACCUGCAAGGCGGAUUUGGCGAAGUUGCCAUCAAGGUCGUGCGCAAGUACGAGAUGAACAGCAUGCAGGGAAACAAGCAUUUACAUCCGGACUUCAAGAAGAUUCCGAAAGCAGCAGAGCGUUCCAACAUCCUCAAAGAGGUCCAGAUUAUGCGACAACUGGAUCACCCGAACAUCGUCAAGCUCGUCGAGUUCUCCGAGUCGAAGCAAUAUUACUACAUAGUGCUUGAGCUCGCCCCCGGCGGCGAACUGUUCCAUCAGAUCGUCCGUCUGACAUAUUUUAGCGAAGAGCUGUCACGGCAUGUCAUUGUCAAGGUGGCCAAGGCUCUGGAGUACCUGCAUGAGGAAAAGGGCGUCGUUCAUCGCGAUAUCAAACCUGAAAACAUUCUCUUCAACCCGAUACCGUUUGUCCCGUCCAAGGUGCCGAAACCCAAGCAGCCGGGCGACGAGGACAAGGUCGACGAGGGCGAGUUCGUCCUCGGCCAAGGCGCCGGCGGUAUUGGCGAAAUUAAGAUUGCCGACUUUGGCCUGUCCAAGAUUGUGUGGGAAACGCAGACUAUGACCCCAUGCGGUACGGUCGGAUACACGGCACCCGAAAUCGUCAAGGAUGAGCGGUAUUCUAAGUCUGUCGACAUGUGGGCGCUGGGCUGCGUCCUGUACACUUUGUUAUGCGGCUUCCCUCCCUUCUACGACGAGAGCAUCGAAGUCCUCACGGAAAAGGUGGCCAAGGGGCAGUACACCUUUUUGUCUCCGUGGUGGGACGACAUCUCCCAAUCGGCCAAGGACCUCAUCACGCAUCUGUUGUGCGUCGACCCAGACAAGCGGUACACCAUCAGGGAGUUUCUUGCCCACCCUUGGAUCCGCGCGAGUGGACCCACGCCUCGCGACGAGAAGAAGAAAUCCGACAUCCUUCGGGCUUUCGACCAGAGCAAGUUUGAGGAACCGGGCAAGCGCUACGAUUUCCGAUCACCAGCCGCCGUCAACCUGCGCGAGGUCUUCGAUGUCAGCUACGCGGUCCACCGGCAAGAAGAGGAGGUCAAGAGGCGACAACAGGUGGGCGCCCGGGCUGGCGGCGCUCAGCCGCUUGCCGGCCUCGAUGAGGAGGAAGAAGACGAGGAUCGCAUGCAGGUCGACCAGGACGGCGCUCAUAAGCCCAACGCGGCGACUCAGGCGCUGGAGCAGAGCAUGCGUAAGGCCAAUCUGCGAGACCAGGAGCAGGCCCGAGGACGCGAGCAGGUCCGCGCCAACGAAAAGGGCUACGGUCAACACUCGGCUACGGUGACGGCUGCGGCGCGUCAGCAGGUGAGGGACCGCAACCGACAAAAGGGGCCGUUCGAGCUGAAUCUCGACAACGCGACGCUCCUAGGCAAGCGGGGCAAGAAGGUGCCCGCGAUGGGUGCAUAGAAGCCUACCCAUUCCAGAGGCGGCGGACUUGCCAGGUCGACCACGCAGGUCAGCCGCGGUGGUGGCGGCGGCGGCGGCGGCGGCGGCUGGCUAACGGCGUUGCGCCCACAUGGAACAUCCUGUCGGUGUUUGACGUGGCCUUCCAGCGGAUGAUACCCAUGCGAGUAGGUGACAGGGGAUCGCGCUCAUUGGGGGUCGAGGAGCAGUGGGCUCCUGGCGGCCUGUGACAGGAGGAGGAGUCGAGAACGGGACCUGGCGCUCGGAGUUACUUGGCAACGCGGAACAUUGCAUUGACGUUUUGAGGAAGUGGUCAAUCGAGGUUACGAGGUUAAUCCGGAGCCACAAUCAUGGACGAGACGGACGGUUCGAAUCGUGUGUAGUAGCGGUUGUGCAUUGCGUCAGCACCGGGCACAUAUAUUGUAUGGAGUUUUGGGCACCUCAUGCCGGCACCUUUGUUUGCCAGCGACAGUUAUAUGAAAUGAAAUUUUGAACCAAAGUUUGGUGGCAUAUGCGCCACGGUGACUUUGGUAGACAUACAGGUUGUUGACG